UUGCUAGUCUGCUCCAUUAGCGCGCCGGUUCCUGGCCAAGCUCCGAGCCUCUCGCUGCUGCUCAGGGUUUUCGCGGGCGGCGGGAGCAGUAUGGCUUGCUUGAGUAAACUCCGGGGGGAGGGGAGAGAGGGGAGUAGAUGGGGAGGCGGGGUCAGCGGAAGCGGCAGGUUGCUUCCUUCUCCUCAGGCUCCCUCCCCGCCUCUCCCAGAGGGAGCGAUGGGAGGGGGAGGGAAGGGCAGAGGGAAGGUAGUGUGACACGUGUCAAUCAACCCCCCUCCGGGGGGCGCGCGCUCCGGGGCUCGCGCCGAGGGCUCGCGCCCCUGCCUCGUGCCUGCGCCGCUCGUAUGUAAAUGAGGGCGCGUGACGCGGGACGCAGAUGGACAAGGGAAGAGAGAGAAUGGCCGCUGCCGCCGCCGCUGCUGCCGCCGCCGCCGCCGCCGCCGCUCAGUGCCGGAGCCCUCGGUGCGCGGCGGAGAGGAGAGGAUUCCGGCGGGAACUCGACUCUUGGCGCCACCGCCUCAUGCACUGUGUAGGUUUUGAGAGUAUUUUAGAAGGGCUUUAUGGACCACGGCUACGAAGAGACCUCAGUUUAUUUGAAGACUGUGAACCAGAAGAGCUGACUGACUGGUCUAUGGAUGAAAAAUGUUCAUUUUGUAACCUACAAAGAGAAGCAGUCAGUGAUUGUAUACCAUCUCUUGAUUCUUCACAGUCAACACCAACAGAGGAGCUAUCAUCUCAGGGCCAGUCCAACACUGAAAAGAUUGAAUGCCAAGCAGAAAAUUACCUAAAUGCACUCUUUCGAAAGAAAGAUCUUCCUCAGAACUGUGAUCCUAACAUUCCCCUAGUUGCUCAGGAAUUAAUGAAAAAGAUGAUACGUCAGUUUGCAAUUGAGUAUAUUUCAAAAAGUGGUAAAAUUCAAGAGAAUAGAAAUGGUUCAAUUGGACCAAGUCUGAUAUGUAAAAGUAUCCAAAUGAAUCAAGCAGAAAACUCCCUUCAGGAAGAGCAGGAAGGCCCCUUAGACCUCACUGUGAAUCGAAUGCAAGAACAAAAUACUCAGCAAGGGGAUGGAGUGUUAGAUCUCUCUACAAAGAAAACCAGCAUAAAAUCUGAAGAGUCAUCCAUAUGUGAUCCUUCUUCUGAAAAUUCAGUGGCUGGGAGACUACACAGAAACAGAGAGGACUAUGUGGAAAGAAGUGCUGAGUUUGCAGAUGGUUUGCUCUCAAAAGCUUUGAAAGACAUUCAGUCUGGAGCACUGGACAUAAAUAAAGCAGGCAUACUUUAUGGCAUACCUCAAAAAACUUUACUUCUCCACUUAGAAGCCUUACCAGCAGGGAAGCCUGCAUCUUUUAAAAACAAAACUCGAGAUUUCAAUGAUAGUUACUCAUAUAAAGACAGUAAAGAAACUUGUGCAGUGCUGCAAAAAGUAGCCUUGUGGGCAAGAGCUCAAGCAGAGCGCACAGAAAAAAGUAAACUCAAUCUACUUGAAACCUCAGAAUUAAAAUUCCCAACAGCUUCCAGUUACCUCCAUCAGUUAACUCUACAGAAAAUGGUUACUCAAUUUAAAGAAAAAAAUGAAAGCCUACAAUAUGAAACACAUCCUACUGUACAGUUAAAAAUUCCUCAGCUACGAGUAAGUUCUAUUUCAAAACCACAACCUGAUGGUCCUGGUCUGCUGGAUGUUAUGUAUCAAGUUUCCAAAACCUCUCCAGUCCUUGAAGGAUCAGCCCUCCAAAAACUGAAAAAUAUACUCCCUAAACAGAACAAAAUAGAAUGUUCUGGGCCUGUAACUCACUCAAGUGUUGACUCUUAUUUUCUACAUGGGGACCUCUCUCCUUUGUGUCUUAAUUCUAAAAAUGGAACAGUUGAUGGAACCUCUGAAAAUACUGAAGAUGGAUUGGAUCGAAAAGAUAAUAAGCAGCCCAGGAAAAAACGUGGCCGUUAUCGGCAAUAUGAUCAUGAAAUAAUGGAAGAGGCUAUUGCGAUGGUAAUGAGCGGAAAAAUGAGUGUUUCCAAAGCACAAGGAAUUUAUGGGGUACCUCACAGCACUUUAGAAUACAAGGUAAAAGAAAGAUCUGGAACACUGAAGACUCCUCCGAAGAAGAAACUCCGAUUACCAGACACUGGGUUAUAUAAUAUGACAGAUUCAGGGACUGGCAGCUGCAAAAACAGCAGCAAGCCUGUGUAGAUUACUUGUUAGGAAAACGUUUGUAUGUGCGUGAGUGCGUGUAUGUGUGUUUGCGUGUGUAUGUGCACAGGUGUGUUUUUGUGUGUCUAUCUGCACACAUGUGGGAAUUACAGAUGCUCACUCUGACAGGAGACAUGAAAUUUUACAGUUCAAAAACCACUUACAUGCCUUUUGAAAAAAAGUUUUAUUCAGGGUUUUCACUGUGGACAGAAUUAUAUAGUUGCUUACUUAAUUCUGAUAGUUUGUAUUUAAUCCUUGUAUAAAUAGGUGAAAAAGAUUCAGGUUUUCUUUAGUAGUCAAUAGCAUAAAGCAUUGUGGGAAAACAAGUAACUGUCAAGUGAAAUAUUUUUCUUGGUGAAAGACCACUCCAGCCAUUCAGUUGAACCAUCUUCUAAUGGAAAUAUGAUAUUACUAGUUUGUAAGCAUUUUUGCAUAACAUACUUACAUUUAUUGUAAGUAUAUGAAACAACCAGUCAAAGUUUAAACAGACAGCUAUCUCCACACUAAUAAAAAUUAAUAUAUACAGUAUUAGUACACUACAGUGCAUUCUAUGAAAUAUGAAAUGCACUCAAGUGCAUCCAUCAGAAAUAGAAAACCUUAAAUGAUAUGUAUAAUGAAAUUUAAUAUUUAUCAUUUAAUAGUUGAUUUAGCAGGAGGUUGGGGUUUAUAAGGUAUAUACUUUAAAAAAAAACUGACACAUAGUUAACCCCAGCAGCUAUAGAAUCAUUUAAUGUAAGAUGGAAUACUAAGAACAAAAAGUAAUUUAAAUUUAAUUAUUAAAAUAAUUUAAUUUUGUUUUUCAUUUGAAAAAUAAGCUAAUGUGUAAGGUUAGAAAAGAAAGUUGGAAUGCAACUUAGAGCAUGUUUAUAAUGUGCACAGAAAAAGCUUGAGAAUGAUAAUUUUGGUUUAAAUGUGCUGGUUAGUUGAUGUUAUGACUACUUUAAAUUUUAAGGAUUGUGACACACUCCUACUAUGGAAAAACCUCAGUGUAACUUUAAUAUAUUUGCUGCUGUGACAUUUCAAAACAUUUUCAGUUUAUCAAAAUGAAUUACAGAUUUCAUUUUGGUGGGCGAUACAUUAUCAUUUUGCUAAUAACCAAAUUUGCAGUUUGUUCAGGGUCUUGAAUAGAUUUACAAAUAUUUAACACUGAAGCUGUUUUGAACUUUCAGUAAUGUAAACUCUCUACUAAUUAGGUAGUUAGAAGCUGGGCAGUGCAUUUUAACUUUUACUAGACUCAUGAGAAAGACCAGUAAUUUUGUAUAGCAGUUUUAAAAUGUGUUUCAGAGUAUCCAUGUUGGAUUUAUGGAGUACGCAGUUUUAGUGGUAAAAUGUUAUAAAGCAUGUGCCUCCAUAGAAAGAAUGGGGAUUUGCUUCAUAAAUACAAAAUUCUUCGAGUGCCCCUUUUCUCUGUUAAAAUUCAGGUUCUGAUCAUUUUUUCUAAGCCAGUUUUCCUAAGUCCAAAAGGAAUACUUAAAGCUGAAUUUAAAAAGUAAGUGCACCUUGUCAAAUACAUGUGUUUUUACACUUGUGUUUGUGUGUAUCUAAUAAUCAUAUAUGCAUAUAAUACUAAAGAGAUUUUCAGCUAUUACAUUUAAAAACUGCUUACACAUGUUUAAAGAAACUGAAGAGUAGAAAACUACACAACCAAGUAGUUAUUUGGUCUCUCAGAUCUAUACUGAACCCUCUUCAGCUAUUAAAGUUACUUGCAUACUAGGAUAUGAAUCCUCUUGCUCUUUUUUUUCCCCCAAGAAAUUAUACAUAAUAGAUUGCAAAACAGCAGAUGUCAGAGUCAUCUUUCUUUUUAAAGAAUUAAGCCAUAUUUUGUGAGGGCCAGAACUUGGAUUAUUUAAUAUAUUUCCCCUCCGCCCCCCAUUGAAAAAUGAAGUUAAAGUAAAUGUUUCAACACAAUUUUAUUGACCUCUUUAUAUAGAACUUUACCUGCAAAAAUUGGGGGGUUUGAAUGCAUUACAUAAUAUUUAUAUUGUAUUGAGCUUUUUUAUUCCUCACACUAUAUUUACAUUAAUAAAUUGAUUGAGAAGUUUAUAGUAAAGGGAUACUUACAGAACACUUUUAUAUCAUUUAAAAGAUGACCUGACCAAAAACUUUACAGGAUUCAUAAAAUCAGGGAUCAUUUUGCUAUUGACUUCACAGUGAUCAGUAGUUUUAUAGGUAAUAUUAUAGUUAAUUUGCAGCAUUUUAGUACUCGUAUUAUUUAUUUUUGGUCAGAAAUAGUAAAUUAAAUAUUUUUUGAUAGUUUAUAGGUAAUGAUCAACCCAUAACUUUUAAAAGAAACAAAAUGUUUCUAAUUAUUGAGUUAACUUUUGAUUAUACAAACUAGGAAAGGCAGGGAAAUUUAUGGGUUCCUCUUCUCCCCAGUGAUUCUAUUAAGGUGUUCUUUAUGUUUAACUUUCAAAGUACUUUAUAAAUUUAGUUACCAGUUGCUACUUGUUAAUUGACAAUUUUCUGAAAAAUCCAGUUUCAGCAGACUUUUAGUGAAGGUGAAAGCAAUCCUUAUGUGCUUUCUACUUAUUUGAAUGUUCCUCAAGUAUUUUAUAUUAAAAAAAAAAGAAGGAAAAGAAAAAACAGUGCCUCUGUUUUUAGAAAACUACUGCUCAGUAAAGUUGUUUAAACCAUUUCUGGUAGCUAAUGACAAUUUUAUAUUAAAUUGUAUACUAACUUUAGUGAGACUGAUUUUUUUAGUUGUUUACAGUACAAAUACUUGUAUUUGUUCUUUAAUUACAGUAUUUUCAUUGUCGCAGUAAUUUAGUAAAACUCUGUGGCUGCCUUGAUUUUGACAGAUUUUGUUAAUAUAAACUGAUUGUUAGGCAAUUAGUUAUAUUUAUGCAUAAAUCAAUUGCACUAUAAUUCAUGAAUUAUUUAUUACAAUAUUUUCUAAUGAAUUCAUGUAUCUGUCUUGUGUUGUAAAUGUACUGUAAUUCUGUUUCUACUUUGUGUUGUUAUAUAUCUAAAUCUGAUUGUAUGAAUUUUAAUUGUUCAGUUAACGUGUUUCUAGGUUGUAAUUUGUAGUAAAGCACUUCAAUGCUUUUGCACUUAAAUUUACAACACUGUUGGUGUGUGAUUGAUUUACUCAUUCAUUCAGUAAAAGAAAAAAAGAAAAGAAAAGAAAAAACUUGACUACACUGACUUAUUUGAUUCACUCUAGGAAGCAGUUUUAUUAAUAUUAAUAAUAGAAAUUGACUUUUUCUAAAGACAACUCUCAGCAACAAAGCUUAUAAAGGGAAAAAUGGAUAGAAACUUACCAAAAAAUAAGCAGGAUGUGUUUGUUUAUAAAUCAAACAAAAAUUAGAAAAAAUUUUAGCACGAAAAGCAAUGGAGCUGUGAAACAUAACAAUUUUAGAAUCUUUAUGUAGUUAAGUGAGAGUAAAUUCUAGAUUGGAGGCUUAUGUGUAUUCAACUAUUUACUCAUACAUUUGAUUUUUCUUUGAGAUUCUAACAUAUAAAAAAUACAGAAAUGAAAAUAAUUAAAGCCAAAUAAGCAUAUUAUAGAAUUUUCUAAUUUGAGAACUUAGUUAUCUAAUAUCUGAGAGAGAUGUAUAAAAUCCUAAUAUCUGAAUAUCUAGUAACUUUUUAAAGCUGUUCUUCAUAUGACAUUGGAUCAAAAUUAUUGGGCCCUAUGAUAUUGUUGAGAUUUUCGAAGUUCCACUAUUAAAAAUAAUCAACUGAAUAAGAAAUUCUUAAAGAAUAGACUUCUUGGAAUGUCAAAAGAGAGCUAUUAAAAUUUUUCAAUGAUUUUCAAAAUAACACUAAUCAUUAAUUUUGAUUAGUUCUGCUCUAGACUACUAACGGAAAAAAUCAUUUGAGCAUUUCAGGAACUGUUACAAGAGCAUAGUAAUGUUUAAAAAAUAGUCAUUUUCCAAAUUUGCAAAAUUUGCUUUGGUGUUUUUGCUGCUACUCAACAGAGUUUUAUAAAAUGUAGAUACAACAUAGCCUACUUAUCUGUGAAACAGGUUAAACCAGUUUUAGGCAAGUAUUUUUAUGAGAAGCAUGUAAAAUCUCUCUUUAGUUACAGAUACGUUUAAUAGGCCAUAAUAUAACUUUUAAACAAACAUGUUGGAAAUGGAUCUGUCAGAACUUUUGGGGUUUUCUUUUGCUUAUGUGAAAAUUAUAGUUUUUAAUUUGCUGGGAAAGAAUAUAAUACCACUUAUACCCUCUUAUUGAUAGUUAACAUUUACUUGUGCCUUUAUUCUCUAUAUAUGUUUCCUGAGUUAUACAGUAGUGAAUCUUUGGAGUCGGUUCAAUCAUUUUAUACUCUAACCAUGAAAAAAUUUACAAAAAUUAUUUUCCAAAGGGAAGGGAUACCGAGGUCAUAUCCUGUCUUCCAUCUGUCUAGAGAUGACAGUAGACUUAAAAAUUUUUAUUGUAAUUUCAUCUCUUCUGUUUGAUAACUUCUUUAUGUUAAAUCCCAUGCUAGUUUUACUAGCGAAACAUGGAUUGAAUCUAGUAAAAUUAUCUUUUUCCUAGAAAAAUUUUUAUCUAAUCUGAAACAGUUGUUUUGAUGUUUUUGCUACUCAACAGAAAUUUUAUAAAAUGUAGAUAACAUAUUGCCUACUUAUCUGUGAAACAGUUGAAACCGGUUUUAGGGAGGAACUUUUUAAAAUCAGUUUCACUUUCAUUUUAAAAAUUAUUUAAUUUUUAAUAUUGGUGAACAUAAUAACCCUUUAUUAAAACAAAAUACAGUCUUCUAUCACUGUCCAUAGUCAGCAUAUUUCAGUUCCAACCCUAAAUAAAAUUUAUACAAACAGUAACUAACAACAACAAAUAUAAGAAAUCACAAGUGGGAGGCUGUUUUCAUGUACAGAGUUUGGUGAUAUGUUUAAUUUAAACAGAUACUUUUCUGAAACAGAAUUCUUUUAAUAUAUUUUAUUCUUCUUGCUGCUGGUAUUGGAUUAGAAAGUUUUUUUUUUUAUAUAGACUUAUACAUUGGUUGCUAAGUAAUCCUGGGUUUUAGUUUCCAUUAGAUUUAUGUUAGUUUCUACAGUGGGAUAUUUUCCAGCAUUUGAAAUUAAAUAAUUAGGUAAGUAAUGCCUUUAGUUUUGAUGUAAUUAAUUAAGUAUUUAAAAUAAAUUAAAAAUAGAUCCCAUUUUUAAAUAGCUUAAAUUUUUAUUUUAUUACUAGGUUAAAACGCCUGUUAUUUAUAUGAAAUCUAAAUCCCUUAACUUUCCUUUUGACUAUACAAAACGUUUUAUUAAUAAUUUUAUUUUCACUACCUUGAAAAAUAUUUUAUCUUUUUUUAAAUAAAGGUAUUAUCUUUAUUUUAAAUAAAGAUAAGAAAGAUUUUCUCCUAUAUCUUAUUUAUCUUAUUUGUACUAAUAUGGACUGAUAACUACGAAAUAACUUAUAAAAUGUCUACUUUAUAAAAAUUUUAACUCCUUCUGAAGCACUUUCCAUUAAACAUUCUUAAUAUAGCCAAAGCACUAAACAUUAGCAAUCUGUAAAUAUAACCAUAUCUAUCAGUAGCAGCCUUUAUAUUACACAAAACAUAGGGUUUUGCUUUGACUCAUAUUUUGUCAUAGGGAAUUAUCAUAAGUGCUUCAUUAUAUUUUUGGUAAACAAUAAUCAAGAUAUCACUUUCACAGCUCUCCAUAGGAAUUAGGAGUCCAGCAAUAUCAAAAUAUCUAUUUCAAGCUCUGUUAAAAUUCCUUAUGAUAUUAGUAUUUUUGCUGUAAUUCAUUUUUUGUUUGAUUUUUAUUUUUAGUUCAACUGUUGAUGCAAAAUCAGAGGAAGCUACUAAAA